GAGACAGGGACCGACAUAGGCCAAGAGAGAGGAACCAGAGAGGAACCAGAGGGGAGAGACGGAGCAGCAAGCAGUGGAUUGCUCCUUGACGACGCCAGCAUGAGCUCCUUCUCCACCACCACUGUGAGCUUCCUCCUUUUUCUGGCAUUCCAGCUCCUAGGUCAGACCAGAGCUAAUCCCGUGUACAAUGCCGUGUCCAACGCAGACCUGAUGGAUUUCAAGAAUUUGCUGGACAAUUUGGAAGAAAAGAUGCCUUUAGAAGAUGAGUUUGUGCCCCCACAAAUGCUCAGUGAGCAGAAUGAAGAAGCGGGGGCUGCUCUCAGCCCCCUCCCUGAGGUGCCUCCCUGGACCGGGGAAGUCAGCCCAGUCCAGAGAGAUGGGGGUGCCCUCGGGCGGGGCCCCUGGGACUCCUCUGAUCGAUCUGCCCUCCUAAAAAGCAAGCUGAGGGCGCUGCUCACUGCCCCUCGGAGCCUGCGGAGAUCCAGCUGCUUCGGGGGCAGGAUGGACAGGAUUGGAGCCCAGAGCGGACUGGGCUGUAACAGCUUCCGGUACCGAAGAUAACAGCCAGGGAGGACAAGGAGGGCUGGGCCUUGGGACAGACUGCAAGAGGCUCCUGUCCCCUGGGGUCUCUGUUGCAUUCGUGUCAUCUCGUUGCCAUGGAGUUGUGAUCAUCCCAUCCAAGCUGAAGCUUCCUGUCAACACUUCUCACAUCUUAUGCUAACUGUAGAUAAAGUGGUUUGAUGGUGGCUUCCUCGCCUCUCCCACCCCAUGCAUUAAAUUUUAAGGUAGAACCUCACCUGUUACUGAAAGUGGUUUGAAAGUGAAUAAACUUCAGCACCAUGGACAGAAGACAAA